AGCACAGCCUCAGGCAGCAUAAGAAGAAGAGACGCUGCCUUGCUCAGAUCACCUGGAGAACACACACUCACAACUCACAUCAAGUAGAAUUUUCUGGAUUGCUUUUGCCUCAGUUCUGAUUGAUUCAGAAACUUUAAAUGAGUUCGGUGGAGAUCAGAAGAGAGAAGACGAGGAUUUUUUUUUUGUAGGGAAGAGAAACAUGUUGAAGAGCUGAUUUGGUGAAAGAUUUAAACGAAAGGAAAAGAAAACAUCUGCAUCUUGGGGGCACUGAUUGUUUGGUGCUUGGUUGUUGUUUGGUUUUGUUUCAUAGCAGUUUGGACACUAAAACUUUGUCAGUCUAUAAGUACUGAGAGGACAGAAGCCAGUCUGAGAAAAAGACAUCGUUGUUGGAGAAUUACAACAAUGUUGUGUUCACGGAGGAUACUGCAGCAGUGGUGUUUGGCGGUGUUUUUAUUGUGCUCUCCUGUGCCGCACUACGGCAGGCCCAUGGACGCCCUCAGCAACAGAAUGAAGCGCUCAGUGACACAUGCCCAGCUGAUGCAUGACAAAGGCCGAACGCUGCAGGACUUUAAGCGGCGCAUAUGGCUGCAGGAGUUACUGCAUGAAGUGCACACAGCGGAGCUCCGCGAAGUGCAGCAGCGUGGCGGAGUCAGCGGUGGAGGUGGAACGAUCAGUGUCGGAGUUCCCAUAGGAGUGGGCAUGGGCAUCAGUCUGAGCCCAGGCACAGCUAACCCUAAGCCUGCUGGUGGCACCAAGAACCUGCCAAUCAGCUUCAGCCCAGAAGAUGAGGAGGGCACAAACCUACCACAGGAGACCAACAAGUCACAGAUAUACAAAGAUGGAGCUCCCAAAGUCGGGAUGAAGAAGAAGAAGAAAGGAAAAGCAGGCAAGCGAAGAGAAGGAGAGAAGAGGAAACGGAGAACCCGUUCACUGAAAAGGCCAAUGGCUAUCGAACCAGACAAUGGCUUCCACCUUGAGCAGCGAAUACACAUGGUCCAGCGAGCAUCGGUGCACUAGAACACUGUCAGUCUCUGACAACGAUUCCUAAGGACAUUGUACAUUAUACAUGGACACCAAAAUGCUCAUGUUGCAGUAUUCACUGUAACGGUGAGAGUCAGAAGAGUGGCUAGCAAAAAAUAUAUAUAUAUAUUUAUUGUAUGUAAAUAUUUUCAAUUAGUGAUAAUCGAGUAAUAAAGAUAAUGAAGAACAUUAUCCCAUUGCUCUGUGGGGCUAUAGAUUUUCAUCUUUGUGAAUACUUUGCUUUAUUCUUUUUUCUAUGACUAUACCAAUUAUCAAUGUCAGAUUUGCAGUAAUUUAUUUUGUUUGAAUGGUGUAUUUAUUUUGUAAAGGUAUCAAGGUGCUGCUGACCUUUUAUAUUUUUGUACCAUAUUGCACUUUAGAUAUAUAAUUAUAAAUCUAGAUACAAGUAAUGCCAUUAAUUGACUUAUUUUGUGGUUAUUUGAAUGAAGAAAACAACGGCCUUCCUCUUUUUUUUUUUUUUUUACAUUUUUUAAACAAUUCUCUUUUUUUAGUUGUUUUUCUUCUUGCUUUGGCAUUCUGUUGUUUUUUUGUUUUUUUUGGUUACUGUUUCA